CUUCAUUUCAACGGGAACAAGACGCGUAAGAUGAGCGUUAACUCGGGCUACGUAUCCGUGCGUUUUGAAACCUGGUAAAAGACUUGAAGUUUGAACGAGCCAUGAUUUCUUCCUCCAAGUAUAAAUCGGGUUUUUGGCGGAGUUCUGCUUUACAGCGAGUGUAUUGGGGCAAAGCGGCCGAAUGUCUGGCUAAAGAAGUGAAAAAUAUGGCGGUGUCUAAAUGUUUUAUAAUCGCCAGUGAGACGCUGGCUACAAAGACGAAAGAGAUCAAAAAGUGCGAGGAAGCUCUGGGUGUCAAGUGUCAACCACGUUGGAACUUGGUAUGGUAUGCGCUUGCAUUCUCCUCGUGAAGACAUUUUGGCUGCUGCUUCAGCCGCUCGCUCUGCAAAAGCUGACCUGCUGAUUAGUAUCGGCGGUGGCUCGGUUACUGACGGAACUAAAGCUGUUAACUUGUGUCUUGAUCAAAAUAUCACCGAAGUCCAACAUUUCGACAAAUAUGUUGCUAAGAAGGAUUCGAAGAAUCCAAAAUGGACGUACAACAAAACGAUAUCUCAAAUCGCCAUUCCCACGACAUUGAGCGCAGGAGAAUUUACAAGUAUUGCUGGCGUGACAAGCCUUCAACUUGGCCAUAAACAAGGGUUUAGUCAUGUGGGUUUGCAACCCGUAUGUGUCAUCCUUGAUCCAGAGCUGACCCUCCAUACCCCUGAGUGGUUGUGGCUGUCGACGGGAGUGCGUUCCGUUGAUCAUUGUGCGGAAGCCAUUUGCUCGAUAAACGGCCAUCAUCUCUCAACGGCCGUAGCUUCUGGUGCUCUUCGCCUUUUGGCGCAAUCUCUGCCGAAAACCAAGGCAGAUCCUGGCGACAUUGAUGCAAGAUUGCAAUGCCAAAUCGGUUCCUGGCAAGCUAUACGCACUCUUAUGAUGGGGAUUCAUUAUGGUGCCAGUCAUGCCAUUGGGCACGUUCAAGGAGCCGUUGCAAACAUUCCUCAUGGCUACACCUCUUGUAUUAACUUGCCUUACGUCCUUGAGUACAACCAGCCUGAAAUACCAGAGAAAUGUGCUAUAGUCGCGGAAUGCCUUGGUGCUCCAGCAGGAACUUCAGCAGCAGAGGCAAUGGACGCUUUCAUUCGUCAUUGCGGAUUGCCGCGAACAUUGAGCGAUGUCAACUUCCCCAUGGACAAGUUUGACUUGGUUUGUGAGGGCGCCAUGAAAGAUCCGUGGACGGCCUGCAACCCACGCAAACUCGCGACGUCAGAGGAUGUGAAGAUUAUUAUGUCAAUGGCUCGAGAUGGUAAACCAAACGGAACUAUAAAAUGUAGGUUGUGAACAGCCGAAAUCCUGUCAACAGGUCCUUUGGCCUUAUUAUAUUUCAUAUAGAAAGUUUUGUUAAGUAAUACACUUUAAACUAUAUAGCUACAUAAACGAGCAAGAAGUUGUGCUAAAGAUUCGCCAAAUAAACCGCUUAGGAUGC